AUGGGCGGCUCAGCUUUCGCUCAAGCGGCCGCGCAGGGCCAACCCACGCUGCACACACCGCGGAUGAGCCCGGCCGAAUACGCACAUCUCAAGACAACCUAUCUCCGUCGCCUGCAGGAAUGCUUCCCGGGAAAGGCCGUGUCAGUUCUCGUCGAAGCCCCUGAAAAGACCGAUUAUGGCGACCUUGACUUGUUUGUCGUAUCCGAUGGCCAAGUGGACUUCAUAGACGUCGCCCGCAAACUCGGCGCCGCCGGGGUCAUAUGCUCCAGCAGUGGUAAACACCAGAUGUGCUCGAUUGGUGUUCUGAAAGAUGGCUCUCGAAGUUCUCAUGAGACUGUUGUCUACAAGAAUAUUUCCAGCAACAAUUCCAAGAAAGCUCAACCAUCUACUACUGUUACCGUCGAGGAGUACGCUCAGAUCGACAUCGAGGUCAUCUCUUCAGAAGACUUCAGGUGGCACAGCUUCUACAGCUCAUACGGCGACAUGGGGGCACUUCUCGGCAAUAUUACCCGCAAUCUUGGACUUACCAUCAGCGAUAAAGGACUGGUCCUUCGCCUCAAAGAGCUCGACUACGCGAAGAAGACGAGGUUGGAGCAAGUCGCGGACAAGGACGGCAUGUUGAUCCUGUCGAAUGACCCAGACAGAGUCAUGGCUUUCCUGGGCCUGUCUUUCAGGCGAUAUGCAGAAGGCUUCGCUACUGUCUCGGAAUUCUUUCGAUGGCUCCGAGAAUGCCGCUUGAUUGAUCUCAACAUUAUCAGGAAGAAACGGAACAUCUCAAGAGAUCGACAAAAGGAGAGCAAGCGCACUCUGUAUUCGAAAUUCUUCGAGGAAUGGCUGCCGAAAAGCUAUGGCAUAGAAGACGAGGAAAGUGACACAGAUGAUCAAGUGUGUGACUCGCCACAAGAAGAGCCCAGAGAUGAUGACCGCAUGCGAUGGGAGAAGAGAGAGAGGUUGCGUGACGAGGCCGUCAAAUUCUUCGACAAGGAAGAGGAGUACAGGACCAUGUUUGGUGGUUUGCAGCGGUUGAUCUGCAAUCUAUGGGUCGAGCGUCUUUUGAAGCCCAUCAUCGCCGCCGAAAGCGGAGCGAAGGAUAAGAAGUUGGCAGAGAUUGUGCGAGCCUUCCGCAGAUGGGUUUGCUUCCUAGGCGGUACAAAGCCUUGCGUCCUCCCCGAGCCGCACUCCGAUGCUGAGUCGCAACUCUUCUGGUUCUUGAAAAGUAGAAGAUUCAUGAACAACCCGGAUUUGGCGCAGUCGUUUGUGGCUGAACACUGGGAAGAGCUUAAGACACUCGAGAGGAGGUGGGCUAAGGGCUCACGGGAGGUGGAAGGCACAACGAUGACAGGAUGA